AACAUUUGUGAUUGGUAACCAUCAACUAGCCAUCAAUGAUGAUUUGAUGGUGUGAGAUUGGUGUGAGAUUUCAUCUAAUGGCUCACCUUUCUCUACUGGUUACAUGCUGGACAAAAUGUAAUAAAAUUGCUGGCCCCCUAGACUUUUCCAAUGACUAAUUCACUAUGAACCCACUAUAUUUAUACACUCCUCCCUGAAUACUCGCUAUGCAUCUCUUUUAGAUACAAACUAUUCCUUAUAAUUGCAUAUUUGCAUUGCACAUACAAUGGAUUGCAUGAGAAUCCAAAGCCCCUUAUCUGUUGAGAAGAAUUGGAAAUAUGAUGUGUUUGUGAGUUUUAGAGGCGAGACUCGCUUCAACUUCACCGAUCAUCUUUAUGCUGCUCUCCGCAGACACGGCAUACUUGCCUUCAGGGAUGAUACUAGGCUCGAGAAAGGAGGACCUAUAUCAGCAGGCCUUCUGCAAGCUAUUGAAGGAUCACAGAUUCUGAUUGUUGUCUUCUCUAUCAACUAUGCUUCUUCCACAUGGUGCUUGCAAGAGCUCGCAAAGAUAGCUGACUGCAUUGAAACACGGGGACAGCGUGUUCUGCCAGUUUUCUAUGAUGUGAGUCCAACUGAGGUGAGAAGGCAAAGUGGAAAUUAUGAAGAAGCCUUUAUGAAACAUGAACAAAGAUUCAAAGAUGAUGGUGAGAUGAUGGAGCAAGUGCGAAGAUGGAGGGCGGCUCUAACACAAGUAGCUAAUCUCUCUGGCUGGGAUGUGAAGAAGGAUAAGUCAGUAACCCCUUCUAUGUUUUGCUAUCUAUUCUUCUGAACUAAUUUGAUAACCUCUCGUAAAACUAAAUCAAGACAUUUCAAAGAUUUUAUUGAAUAAUUAUGGUUGAUUGAUAUGUAGAUUUUCUUGUGUUGUCAUAAGUGAU